GGCCACUAGGGCGGAAUUAGUUAGUGAUGUGAUAGCGGCAGCUUAGAUCAGAAGUAGACGCGAGCGCGGGCGCAACACACUGCACCUCUGCUGCCACGGACGUUAUUUAUGAAUAGUCAAUCAUGGCUGGAGUGCUAUUUAUCGUGAACGUGCCCAAUAAGGAAUAUGAAAAUUAUUUAAAAAAGAAUAUCAUUCCAAAUUUAAUAUUCGAAAAAGAAAAGUACGAGAGAGCCUCAAAAGUUAUUCAUGAAUUAAAAGAAAAGCAUUUAGGAACAAAAUCUAUAGAGUCGUUUGCACAGGAUGAUGACAGUGCUGUCGUAAUAUCCAAGUGUCGAUCAACCGAUUGUUUGCAUCAGAAUAUUAGAGCUGAAUCGUUCGGAUGUCCCAGUGAGAGUGGUUUAGCUGAAGGAGAGUUGGUGGAUCGGAAAGGUUGCGUGAAGGCUUGGGAAGAGUUGAAGCAGGCGAUAAAGCCGCGCAAGAACAAACUUACAAUAACAAGGCCUACCCGGGGAGUGGACGUGCUCGCUGCAUUUCACUGGGACACGCCACUGGAAACUAUCCUAGCGGAAAUAGUGGAACGUCUAGACAUCAAAAAUGCAGCUUGGAGUACUACGAAGGAUGAUAAAUUUUGGCAGGUAACUUUUUCUAUAGAGUCAGGGAAUCUGAGUGAGGAAUUGCUACAAGUUCUAAGGACCUUUGGGAUCGGGUCCAGGUAUCAGUCAUCAGUCAGUUUGGUACCUUGCGCCCUGUAUUAUAAAUCCAAUGAUGAAGUCAGUCCACCGGCGUCUGAAAUUGGUGUCAUUCGACAUGAAGACGUCUCAAAUACAGCGUGGUCCCGAUUUUCAUCAUCGGUGCGUGCGCGCACGAACCUCGCACAGGUGUUGCACGAUGUGCGCGCAGACGCAGCCCUCACCUUUGAUUGGGUGUUUCUUCUACUGGUCGCCGCGUUCGUUGCUGCUAUUGGUCUGGUUGAAAAUUCCACUGUCAUUCUUGUGGCCAGUAUGCUUAUAUCUCCACUUAUGGGUCCUAUAACAGCGAGUACUCUAGGCACAGCCGUCAAAGAUCGUUCCCUGCAGGUGAUGGGAGUCAAGAAUGAGUUCCUCGGCUUGUUCCUAUCUCUCGUCAUGGGAUUCCUGUUCGGGCUGACCAUCUGUGCGAUCGAUGAGCGAUAUGGAGUCGUGGAAGACUGGCCUACUUAUGAAAUGAUCUCAAGAUGUGAAUACCGAUCCCUAUGGGUAGGAGUACUGGUGGCGAUACCAAGUGGUGCUGGAGUGGCUCUGGCCGUGCUGGGAGAGUACACCUCCUCCCUCGUUGGGGUCGCCAUCUCUGCCUCCUUGUUGCCGCCUGCUGUGAAUGCUGGUCUCCUCUGGGCGAUGGCUUUGACUCGUUUGUUGGUGACGACAGAAGAACUUCGCUGGCUGGUGGUACAACCGUCGGAGCUAGCAAUAUUGGGCACCGCAUCACUAUGCCUGACCUUGGUGAACAUCAUCUGCAUAUUCCUAGCUGGAGUUGCUGUUUAUAAGGUGAAGGAAGUAAGUCCUCUGGACAGGAAGGACAUCUCCUGGUGGAAGGCCAACAGAAGUCGCAUGCAGUCUAAUAAAAACAAAGAUAAUUUGAACUGGGAUGCUUACAACAAAUGGUACGACGGGAAAGAAGCUACAAAAGUGGCUAACAAUGAUACGACAGGCGUGACGCCGGGUCAAGUGGACAACAGCACGGUCACCUUCCGCAGGAGACCCUCCGUCAUCAAGCGGCUGAGGACACAGGUGGAUGGGUUCAGUCAAAGUACACAUUUAUCAGACAUCUACAUCCCAAUGGAGGUGGAAACCAAGGCGAAUCUAGAAACUCAAACAGCGAGCAACAACACAAAGGACAAAAUACAAAACUUAGACGAAAUACAACACAACUAUUAUAAUUUAGGAUUCCAAAAUGAUGAAGUUUGUGAAGACAGUGCCUCGAAGGUCUCUGACUACCCCACUUUGAAGCCGUCGUUAAGUUACACAGUGGAAGCGAAGAAUCAAGUCCUCUUAGACAAUAAAUGCUACGAUGUAUAAUGCAAUAAUAAUAAUUGUAGUUAAAACAAUUUUGUAUCCAUUUUUUUAUUUAAUAAGUUUAGUAUGAAUGAUGAAAACUGAAAAUUAUAUUAAUAAACGUUUGGUCGGUUUAUUAUA